UUCCACUGAAAGAGAAAAAAAAAAAGCCCGUAAAAUAACGAUAAUGCCACUCAACCUCAGCCCCUCUCCCGCCGCCGCCGCCGCCAAGGUCUGCGCCGGCGCACGCGCGUCCCCGCAGCACCACCGCCGCGGCCGCCACCUCCUCCUCCGCGCUCUCUACCGCUCGAGUCGCCGCGUCCCCGGCUUGUCGUCCUCGUCGUCUGCGGCGGGGCGUGCGGCGGUGCCAGCCAUGGCCGCGGCGGAGGCUGGAGCUGGUGCGUCGACGGCUACACAGGCGAAGUCGAGCGCAGCAGGAGUGAAACAAGCACUGAUAUCAUUGUCGGAUAAAACAGAGUUGGCCUAUCUUGGGAAUGGCCUUCAAGCCUUGGGGUUUUCUAUUAUUUCAACUGGUGGAACAGCAUCAAGCCUGGAAGCAGCUGGAGUCAACGUUACAAAAGUUGAACAAAUUACAAAAUUCCCUGAAAUGCUUGAUGGAAGAGUUAAAACAUUGCACCCCAGUAUACAUGGUGGUAUUCUUGCACGAAGAGAUCAGGAGCAUCAUCUUAAGGCAUUGAAUGAGCACGGCAUUGGGACAUUUGAUGUGGUUGUGGUGAAUUUGUAUCCAUUCUAUAACAAAGUCACCUCUGGUGUAAUUUCUUUUGAGGAUGGCAUUGAAAACAUUGAUAUUGGUGGGCCUACAUUGAUCCGAGCUGCAGCCAAGAAUCAUAAGGAUGUUCUUGUUGUGGUGGAUCAUGAAGAUUACCCUGCUUUAUUAGAGUAUCUACGGGGGAAACAAGACGACCAGCAAUUUCGCAAGAUGCUGGCAUGGAAAGCUUUCCAACAUGUCGCUUCUUAUGAUUCAGCUGUCUCAGAAUGGCUGUGGAAGCAAUCGAACAAAGGAGAAAUAUUCCCCCCAAACUUUACUGUUCCCCUGUCACUGAAGUCUACACUUCGUUAUGGUGAAAAUCCUCAUCAAAAAGCUGCCUUCUAUGGGGACAAGAGUCUUUCUCUUGUCAAUGCUGGUGGUAUUGCAACAGCAAUUCAACACCAUGGGAAGGAAAUGUCUUACAACAAUUACUUGGAUGCGGAUGCUGCAUGGAACUGUGUAUCAGAGUUUGAGAGUCCUACCUGUGUUGUGGUUAAGCACACAAAUCCAUGUGGAGUAGCAUCCCGGCAGGAUAUUCUUGAAGCAUACCAGUUGGCUGUAAAGGGAGAUCCUGUUAGUGCGUUUGGUGGGAUUGUUGCUUUUAAUACGAUAAUUGAUGAGGAUCUUGCAAAAGAAAUCCGUGAAUUCAGAAGCCCUACAGAUGGUCAAACACGAAUGUUUUAUGAGAUUGUUGUUGCACCUGGCUAUACAGAAAAGGGUCUUGAGAUCCUCAAGGGGAAAUCAAAGACAUUGAGAAUACUGGAGGCAAAAAGAAGUGGAAAAGGGAUGCUAUCACUCAGGCAAGUCAGUGGUGGCUGGUUGGCUCAAGAAUCUGAUGAUCUAACCCCAGAAGACAUCACCUUCACGACAGUCUCUGAGAGGGCUCCUCAGGACAACGAGCUCUCUGAUGCCAAAUUCGCCUGGCUUUGUGUCAAGCACGUAAAGAGUAAUGCCAUUGUCAUUGCGAAGAAUAACUGCAUGCUAGGCAUGGGGAGUGGUCAGCCAAACAGGCUGGAGAGUCUGAGAAUUGCUUUCAGGAAAGCAGGCGAAGACGCCAAAGGAGCUGCCCUAGCCAGCGAUGCAUUCUUCCCAUUUGCUUGGAACGACGCCGUGGAAGAGGCCUGCCAGAACGGCAUCGGCGUGAUCGCGGAGCCCAGCGGCAGCAUCAGGGACAGCGACGCCGUCGACUGCUGCAACAAGUACGGCGUCUCCCUCCUCUUCACCGGCGUCAGGCACUUCAGGCAUUGAGCGAGCUAGCUAGACGACGAUGCAUCCAUUGAAUGGCAGAUCGAUCGGCGUUUCACCCUGAGAAUUUGAAACUCCCUAACGGCUUUGGGCUAGCUGCCACUGAUGUGGCAGAAAUAACUGAGCUUAACUUUGGGCAAUAAGAUUCAUGGUGAUAAUAAGAUUAUGUCAUCACCAAAAUUUUC